AUGGAAGCUCCGGAGACCAUGUCCGAGGCGAGCAGCACACAUGAUAGCAGGCGGCCUAGCUCUGCAGGCGAAGGAGACGAGAACGACGAUCAGAACCGCAAAAAGGCUACCACGCGGAAGCGCACCAAGACUGGGUGCAUCACCUGCCGGAAGAGGCGCAUAAAGUGCGACGAGGGCCGGCCAACAUGUGCCCUAUACGCAAAAUGCCAUGCCCCUCACACCCUCGGGGCUCUCGUCUCCUCCCAGCCUCCCCACGGAGGUGGCUUCCGGUGGGAUAACGGGAGGCCGCAGAAUGCCGCCGAGCCGCUCACCCCCGGCUCCUUGCCCUUCGCUCCGAGCACAAGGGGUUCAGGACAGACCGUGAUUGACGCCCACGAUGGCAUUCUCCGACAACCCUAUGAUCCUGAUAUACUCGUAGAAGAUGGCAUGGUGGACCAUGAAAUGGCCGACUCCGACGGCGAAGUAGACGAGCGAGCCGCCGGCUUCGAGAUGGAGAACAUGGAUCCCGGCGAGAGCAUGCGGAAGAGGAGCACAUUCGGUGCCCUCAUCGAUGGGCGGUUAGUGCCCCACAACGAAAUUCACGAAACGCGCAUGAGAACCUUUUCCGCUUACGCCCGCGGGACAACGCUGGCGACCUACGUGCCCGCUUCCGGCCAUGUGCUGCCUACCGACCCGCAGACCAUGGCCGUCUUCCGUCUCCCUGAACAGCUCGUGCCGCAGGUCAACCAGAAUAUCUGGACGUUGCACAUUGCAAAGAUGCUGAACAAACCUUUCGCCGCAGAUACUUUCCCGAUGUUGUCCCUCAACCACCCGGCUCUCCUCCAAGCUAUGCUUGCACUCGGCGCUCUUCAAAUCGCCAACCUGCAACGAAACCCCCACAGCUGCAAUGAAGCACUAUCACCUUGCUCUCCGGAAGAUUGCCAAGUGCGUGCGCAGCUCUACGCACAGAGCCCACCCCGCGACGUUGGCGGCCACUCUGCUACUGGGGUAUUUCGAAGUAUGGUCAUCAGACCACACGAAAUGAGGAAGAGGAGGCAACAGUUUGAGGAGGAAAAUAUCCAGGACCCUUUCAAUCCCUGGUUGGACUAUAGCUCGGUGGACACGACGGCACCUGGCCUUGACGAGAUCGAUGUCGGCCUUCUCAGCACAAUAACUGGGAGACGGCUCUCCGAAGAUGACUACGGCUACGGCGUCGAUCUUGACACGCUCCCGCGCAUGAGUUUGCCCACGGAUCGAGACAUUGAGUACUACGAGCAUCUGCGGGACCUGUUUUGGUGGAACUGCAAGAUGGACGUUUACCAAAGCAUCUUGGGAGCGACGCGGCUCUUCAUGCGCCUUGAUGAGUGGCUUCCAUGUCCUCCGCGGGCCCCUGUCGGGCGACUCGAUGCCAUUUAUGGAACCUUUGAUUACCUCCUGCUCUUGAUGGGCCGGCUUUCUGAGUUUGUGUCGGACGAUCUUCCGAGGAAGAGGAUGGCAAACAAGGUGCCCGGGCCGCCGGGUGCUCCAUCGCCGCCCAUGUUUCCCGGCAUGUUUCCCUCGCGAGGCAAAGUCUCGGCCCCCAGCGGCUUCAGCUCCUCGCGAGAUGCGUCGCCCCAGAGUGACGGCUUCGAGGACGGCGACAUCCAUGCCGCGACCGAGGCUGCCUUGGCCAAGUGGGAAUCGCUCAGGCAGGCAUUCGAAGUCUUCCGCGCGCGGUUGGGCCCCGAGUUCCAGCCUCUGGCGGACGAGUACUCCGACCGCCGGGACUCGCCCUUCGGCCCCGCCAUCCAGUACCGCACCUUUUCGGUGGCGGGCAUUUGGAUGAAUUUCAACAUGGGCCUGAUUUGCCUCUACCGAGCCCACCCCUCGAUGCCGCCCGCGGCCAUGAUGGCGGCAGGUAGGGCUGCGCGUGAUACGGCUCCGAUGGCGCGGGAGAUUGGGCGCAUCGCGGCGGGUCUGUCGGACGACACCUUGACCAUCACGGAAAUUAGCACAUUGUACCAAGACAGUGUCCAACGUCAUUGGCUCAUCCAACGUUUACAUGACAUUUCCCGUCUCACGGGAUGGGGCUCCGCGCGCCAGAUCGCGGAGGGCUGCGAGGCUAGCUGGGUGCGCGCCGCGCACAUGGGCCGUGGACCGCCGUAUGUACGGUCGGCGGAUCUGAUGGCGGGUGGGCCCUUGACGGUAUGGUCUAAUCCGAGGAGGAUCGAUAAGCGAAUCCAAGAGCUCGAAGAAGGUGGCGAGGUUGUGCUUGCCAAGGCGGACAGGGCACACCUUGCGCUGGGGCUGUUGGGUGUUGAUGGGGACUUGGAUCGGCUGAAGCUGUCGGAUGAUUGA